UCCCCGAGUGUCCGGCCGGGCGCUGGGGGGAACUGGCCGGCCGCAGCCCCGCGUGGUUAAAGAUUAAGGAGGGCGGGAGGCCGGGGAGGCUUCCCGUAAAUCAGCCCCGGCGGAGGGAGGGUGCAGGGGGGGCUGAGGGCCGGGCUUGGCGGGGGCACCCGCGGUGAGAGGUGCUGACCCCACAUCGCCCUGGCCCACCCCACAGCAGCUGGAGGAGCUGCCCCCCUUAUGGGGCACCCAUUGGGAAAUGGGGAGCUGGAGGAGGUGCAGCAGUGGAGGGGGGUCUGCGAUCUGAAACUGCUGGAGGGCAACGUGCUGCGCUGGGGGGGGCUGCUGCUGCCCAACAACCCCCCCUAUAACAUGGGCGCCUUCCGCUUCGAGCUGACCUUCUCCCCGCACCACCCGCUGGAACCCCCCCGCGCCAGGCUCCUGACCAGCAUCUACCACCCCGGCGUGAGCAAGGACGGCCACGUCUGCCAGCCCCUCACCUCCCUUCACUGCUGGCAGCACACCACCCGCGCCGUCCACGUGCUGCAGGACCUGCUGCUGCUGCUGGACCACCCCGACGGGGAGCGGGUGAUGCGGCUGGAGCUGGCCCGCGAGCUGGGCGAGCAGCCCGAAACCUUCUGGCGGCGGGCAGAGGAGCACACCCGCAGCCACGCCGAGCCGCGGCCACAGCCCCCCGGGUCCUGAGCUCAGCUCAGCACCGCGGCCCCCUCCUGAGCCCCCCCGGGGGCUGGGCAUCGCCCCCACUCCAUCCAUAAAGUGAUUAAUUUAUUCCCUCU